GCUGUCAGCAACCAGCAAUUCGAUGACACCCCAAAGUGAUUUGGACUCCAGUAGUUCAGAAGAAUUCUAUCAAGCUGUUCACCAUGCUGAGCAAACCUUCAGAAAGAUGGAAAGUUACCUGAAGCAACAACAACUGUGUGAUGUUAUCCUGAUUGUUGGGAACAGAAAGAUACCAGCACAUAGGCUCGUUCUGAGUUCAGUCUCCGACUAUUUUGCGGCCAUGUUUACCAGUGAUGUUUGUGAAGCCAAGCAAGAGGAAAUCAAGAUGGAAGGCAUAGACCCCAAUGCCCUCUGGGACCUUGUACAAUUUGCAUACACAGGCUGCUUGGAAUUAAAAGAAGACACCAUUGAAAACCUUCUUGCUGCAGCGUGCCUUCUUCAGCUUCCACAAGUAGUAGAAGUAUGCUGCCACUUCCUCAUGAAGCUUUUGCAUCCAUCCAACUGUUUAGGAAUCCGAGCAUUUGCAGAUGCUCAAGGAUGCAUUGAAUUAAUGAAAGUGGCCCACAGUUACACCAUGGAAAACAUCAUGGAAGUUAUCAGAAAUCAAGAGUUUUUACUCCUUCCAGCUGAGGAGCUCCAUAAGCUACUGGCCAGUGAUGAUGUAAAUGUUCCUGAUGAAGAAACCAUCUUCCAUGCAUUAAUGAUGUGGGUCAAGUACGACAUGCAAAGGCGAUGCAAUGACCUGAGUAUGCUUCUUGCCUUCAUAAGAUUGCCACUGCUUCCUCCACAGAUAUUGGCUGAUUUAGAAAAUCAUGCAUUAUUUAAGAAUGACCUGGAAUGUCAAAAGCUGAUUCUGGAAGCAAUGAAAUAUCAUCUAUUGCCAGAAAGAAGAACUUUAAUGCAAAGUCCAAGAACUAAACCCAGAAAAUCUACAGUUGGAACGCUGUACGCUGUAGGUGGAAUGGAUAACAACAAAGGAGCUACCACUAUAGAAAAAUAUGACCUCAGAACAAAUUUGUGGAUCCAGGCAGGGAUGAUGAACGGCAGAAGGUUGCAGUUUGGUGUGGCUGUUAUUGAUGACAAACUCUUUGUUAUUGGAGGUCGAGAUGGCUUAAAGACACUGAACACUGUUGAAUGUUACAAUCCUAAAACAAAGACUUGGACUGUCUUACCACCAAUGUCAACACAUAGACAUGGUCUAGGUGUAACUGUACUUGAAGGCCCUAUUUAUGCUGUGGGAGGUCAUGACGGCUGGAGCUAUCUGAAUACAGUGGAGAGGUGGGAUCCCCAGAAUCAGCAAUGGACAUUUGUAGCCAGUAUGUCAAUUGCUCGGAGCACAGUUGGUGUAGCAGCAUUAAAUGGCAAGUUGUAUUCAAUUGGAGGGCGUGAUGGAAGUUCCUGUUUGAGCUCAAUGGAAUAUUAUGAUCCUCAUACAAAUAAGUGGAACAUGUGUGCUCCCAUGUGUAAGAGGAGAGGGGGUGUAGGAGUGGCCACAUGCGAUGGUUUUCUUUAUGCAGUAGGAGGUCAUGAUGCUCCUGCUUCAAAUCACUGCUCCCGGCUACUAGAUUAUGUAGAAAGAUAUGAUCCCAAAACAGACACUUGGACCAUGGUGGCUCCUUUGAGUAUGCCCAGAGAUGCAGUUGGAGUCUGUCUUCUUGGUGACAGACUAUAUGCUGUUGGUGGCUAUGAUGGGCAGACAUACCUCAACACUAUGGAAUCCUAUGAUCCUCAAACAAAUGAGUGGACACAGAUGGCUUCCUUGAAUAUUGGGAGAGCAGGUGCCUGUGUGGUGGUCAUCAAGCAACCUUGACUUAUUUUGACUUUAUUUGGAGGAAUUUUAUUUGCUGGUUAUUUUUAUAUUGUAUGGCAAGAAUGAGUACUUCCUGAGAUGAAAACUUCUCAUGAACAAGGAUUUCUAUAGAUUUACCUACUGAUGUCAAAAGAGGUAGAAGUUCAAACAGAUUUGUAGGAAGCAAAAAAACAUCCAACUUACAGGAACAAUAUCUGACCAUAUGUUAGGUAGUUUAGGAGUGGUUAUUGGUAAUUUGUUUUGUAUCAUAGCAUACAAUAACUAGAGUUACCAAAGGCUUGCUUUUCUUGAGCAGUUAGUUGAAAGAAGAGGUCAAUAUUGGUAACGUGGAUAAUUUCAUGACCACAUCUCUUUCAAUUUUUUAGAAUCUGUGGCAAUAUCUAAGAGCCUGUCCAAGCUAGAAGGCAGAAUAUUGCAUCUGACAGAAUCUGAUUGAUUUACUGUUUUUCUAAUCAGAUGUGGUCAUACAUGGAAGCAGAAUGAUGUUUUAUUAAAACAAAUCUGCUUCUUCCUCGUUUUCCUAAGCUACAAGAACAAUUAGAGAAACAGAUUCAUGCUUGUUUCUUGCAUUCAGAAAAUAAACUAGCCUGCUAGUCAAAGCUGCAUAUCUCAUCAGAGACGAUGGUUGAAUUUUAUUGCAACCAUAAUAGCAAUCUGAAACUGGCAAACACAAGGGAUUGUUUUCAUUAGGCUUGCCAUGUUGCUUUACUUUUCUAAAACACUGAGCCAAAGAUUCAAUACAAUUAUGGGCUUUUGCCUUAUGUUGAGUUCAGUGUAAGCAUGGAAGCUAGUUAUUCUGAAUGUUAUAUAUAUCCACUGCAUGUUGAAGUUCUUUAGAAUUUUUUCUUUAAAAAAGCUUAGAAUUUCAAGAGAAAACAUAUGAUCAAUUAAGUUAGUGUUUAUAAUUAUUGCUAGAAAGAAGGCAAACUUCAGAUUCUCAUUUUCCACUUUUCAAACUUGUUACAUUAAUCUAUCCAUUAUUUUAAGUCAAAUGUUUGUAAUUGUUUAAAGCAUAAAAUGGAAACAUUACACAAUGUUCUUAAUAAAUAGAUUCAUGUGAAUUUUAAAUACAAUUAAUAAAUAAUCAAAAAUUUGC